AUGAACAGAAUGAAGAAGGCAGUAAGUGUGAUCAAAGGUUUGGCUCGCCCCUUUGUUUUCGGAAUGAUUCAUGUGCCUGCUCUACCUGGAACAUAUAUGAACAGACUAUCAAUGCCUGAGAUUCUACAAGUCGUUCGCAAAGAGGCACAAAUCUAUGCAGAUGCAGAUAUCGAUGGAAUAAUCGUGGAAAAUAUGCACGAUAUCCCCUAUGUGAAGCCACCACUUGGUCCAGAAAUCGUUUCGUCGAUGACAUUGGCAUGCAAAACCGUUGUCGACACCCUGGGCCCAAAACGAGAAAAAAUGCUUCUUGGAGUACAAAUUCUCGCCGGCGCCAAUAAAGAGGCGCUAGCAGUGGCGCACUGCUGCGGAUUUGACCUAAUUCGUGCCGAGUGUUAUGUCUUUUCUCAUGUGGCUGACGAAGGUUGGAUGGACGGUUGUGCCGGAGAACUACUUCGUUAUUCACAUGCCAUUGGCGCUGACUCUGUUGCCGUGAUCACCGAUAUCAAGAAAAAACAUUCUUCCCACGCUGUCACAGACGAUCUGAGUAUAGCCGAAGUUGCAGAAGCGGCAAAGUUUUUCUUAGCCGAUGGAGUUAUUGUUACUGGACGUUGUACGGGUGAUACUGCGGAUCCAUCAGAUGUGCAAAAAGUACUACGAUCUCACUGCACGCUGCCAGUUUUUAUUGGCUCAGGCGUCGCGACUUGCAAUAUACACAAGUUCAAAGGAGCAGACGCUUUCAUCGUUGGCUCCGACUUCAAGAAGGAUGGUGAAUGGCAGAAUGAACUGGAGCCAAAGAAUGUCCAAGAAUUUAUGGAAGCAGUGCGAGCAUUUAAAUGGCAUUAACUGAUUGUGAGAAACAAUUAGAACCUAUGAAUUGAAGAUAUAGACGUCUAGAACUUGAGAUCUUUAUGCUUAUAGAACACAA